UAAUCCCCGAGGAAGGAGUUUGGUCAUCUCAGACGUGGCGUGGGCUUCUCUACAGCUCUCGAGACCUGUCCUGAGAGGCCUUAAUGCAUUGGGUUUCGCAGAGCCUACACCAGUGCAAAGGGACGUGAUACCAGUCGCUCUUAGAAGCCAGGAUAUAUUGGCGAUGGCCGAGACGGGUAGUGGUAAGACUGGAGGCUUUCUUCUCCCGAUUGUGGAACGACUGUGCCAAGCUAGUCACGUCCGCUCUCGCCGUAAAGAUCCCCACACUGGUCGUAUCACUGGUGGUCGAGCGGCGACCAAGGCUCUUGUUUUACUGCCCACACGAGAACUCGCGGUACAGUGCUACAAGAUGCUUCGGGACUUCACCAAGUUUGCCCCUUUAACCUCGUGCUUAGUGGUAGGGGGGUUCGAUGCCCAGAAGCAGGCCUCGGAAAUGCGAGCUCAGCCGGACGUUGUGUUGGCCACGCCUGGCAGGGUAUUGGACUUGGUAGUAAUGGACAAGCGGAUGAGGCAGGUUACUCGUUGUUUGAUUCAGCUCUUGAAUUCGCCAAAUAUUCAUCUGGAGAUGUGUGAGAUAGUCGUCUUGGAUGAAUGUGACCGCCUGUUGGAGAUGGGCUUCCGCGACGAGUGCUUGACGGUACUAGGAGGGGGUCUACUGUUGUCUUUCAUGAUGUACAUGGCGAUGUGCUCGGCGGGGAUCGAUCUCACGACCUCUGGGUCAUCGCCGCCGCGCUCAACCAUUCGACUAUUGGGUUUGUGGCAGAUUAUUCAGAAGCACUGCAAUCGGUCUCGCCAAACCAUGAUGUUCAGCGCUACCAUGAAUCAAGAGGUGCUGAAGCUGGCCAAGGUGGUACUGUCCAAGCCUGUCACUAUUGAGACCACUAAGGCUAAUCGAGUGUCUCCUACGCUCACACAGGAAUUCAUCAGAGUCACUUCAGAGCAACAACGAGAAGCCACACUGCUUGCUGCUUGCACGAAACACUUUCCGAAGCGCUGUCUGAUCUUCUGCGCACAGAAGAAGACGGCUCAUCGUAUGGCGGUCCUCUUGGGUCUAGUAGGAAAGGUUAAGUUUGCGGAGCUCCACGGCAACCUCAGCCAGCAACAACGAGUCAAGGCUCUUGCUGAUUUCGAGUCGGGCAAAGCAACUCACCUUAUCUGUACUGAUUUGGCGGCGAGAGGGCUGGACCUCCCCCAUGUCGAGACGGUCAUCAACUUUGAGCUCCCUCCAGAUGUUACAAAAUACGUCCAUCGUGUUGGCAG